GAGAGAGAGAGCGAGAGAGAGAGAGAGAGAGAGAGCGAGAGGGGGGGGCGAUCCAUGUUUUGACAUUGGAAUAUUAGCUGGGUCGAGUCAACAAUGAGGUGUACAUUUGGCCGACCAACCUCCACUUUUCGCCUUUUCUAAAGAGACAUUUCAUUCUCCCACAACCGUCGUGAGUCCACGAUGAACGCGGCCGAGCAGACGGUAACGUGGCUCAUUACGCUCGGGGUGCUGGAGUCUCCCAAGAAGAGCAUCUCUGAUCCGGAGGCUUUCCUCCGGACGUCUCUCCAGGACGGCGUGGUGCUGUGCAAGCUGUUGGAGCGACUGAGACCUGGGACGACGGACAAAUUUAUUCAGGAACCGAGGACUGACAGCGAGUAUCAAGUCAACAUUUGCGAAUUCAUCAAAGGCAUCGGGGUUUUCGGCGUGCAGCCUUUUGAGGUCAAUGACCUCCUUCAGGGACUGCACUUCACCAAGGUCCUAAACUGCUUGGUUGCACUGAACAAAGUAACUGAAGAUUCAGGUGUUUCUGUUUGUGUGUCAUCCUCCGCCACAUUGAGGAUGAAAUCGGUUGAUUCUGUGAACGGUCAAAGUCGUUCCUCCGCACUGCAGCCACCACAGUAUCACAGCCUUGACAUGUCUGAGGGCAGUGGGUGUGGCCAUUUUCUUUUCAGGGCACGCUUCCCUUUCCAGCAGACAAAUGAGGACGAACUUUCUUUCUCCAAGGGCGACAUCAUUAAUGUGAACAGGCAGGAGGAGGGGGGCUGGUGGGAAGGUUCGCUCAAUGGCAAGACUGGCUGGUUCCCCAGUAACUAUGUGCGGGAACUAAAAGGAAGCGACAAGCCAUUUGACAAACCAAAGUCUGGGACGCUGAGAAGCCCCCCAAAAGGUUUCGACACAUCUAUCAUCAGCAAGACCUACUACAAUGUGGUCCUCCAGAACAUCCUGGAAGCAGAGAGGGAGUAUUCGAGGGAACUACAAAGUCUUUUGGGAUGCUACCUGCGCUCCCUCCAGCCCACAGACAGGCUGAGUGGUGCAGACAUCAGCCACAUUCAAGGAAAUCUCGAGGAGAUUUCGACCUUUCAGCAGAUGCUGGUUCAGUCCUUGGAGGAGCACACAAAGCUUCCAGAACAUCAGCAGAGGAUAGGAGGCUUCUUCCUGAGUCUAAUGCCCCAGAUGAAGACUCUUUAUGUGGCUUACUGCUCAAACCAUCCAUCUGCUGUCAGUGUGCUCACUCAGCAAAGUGAGGAGCUGGGUGAGUACAUGGAAUCCAAGGGGGCAGCUAGUCCGGGGAUUCUGACACUGACCACCAGUCUGAGUAAACCCUUCACUCGACUCGAGAGAUACCCAACCUUGCUUAAGGAAAUGGACAGGCACAUGGAGGACCAGCACCCAGACAGAGUUGACCUCCAAGCUUGCAUGGCAUCAUUUCAAAGCCUUACAACCCAUUGCCAGGAAGUGAGGAAGAAGAAGGACCUGGAGUUGCAGAUUUUAACUGAGCCAAUCAGGAAUUGGGUGGGGGAGGACAUCAGGACCCUCGGCCCCAUUCUUCACAUGUCCCAGGCUGCGGUCCACUCUCUCAGCUGUCAGGAGUCAAGUGAACGCUACCUUGUCCUCUUCCCUCACACUCUGCUCUUCCUCUCUGCAAGCAUGAGGAUGAGUGGAUUCAUUUACCAGGGGAAGAUGCCGCUGUCAGGCAUGCUAAUCUCCAGGAUAGAAGAUGGGGAAACCAUGAGGAAUGCUUUUGAAAUUUCUGGUGCACAAUGUGACCGAAUGCAAGUGGCGUGCAACAGCCAGCAGGAUCUGCUGGAUUGGCUGGACCUUCUCACCAAACACACACACACCCCUGCUGCACACACACAUAAGACUCACUCGGUGUGUCACACAUUGGCCUCCCUACCUGUCACCCCUUCCCGGCACUCAGAGUCUCACGGCGGAAGCAACACCUUCCACACCCUCCCUCGUCUUUCCUCUUAUGGCGGCAGCCCCAUGUGGGGGGCCCUGGAGCCCCCAACCCCCCCAAAACCUUGGAGCAUGAGCUGUCUUCGGCCUGCGCCCCCUCUACGGCCAUCUGCUGCCCUUUCCAACAAGGAGGAUAUGAGUAAGAGUCCAAAGAAUAUGAAGAAGCUGCUUCCCAAGAGGAAACCUGAGAGGAAACCCUCUGAGGAAGACUUCCUUGUCAGAAAGAGCACAGCAGCUCUUGAGGAGGACGCUCAGAUAUUGAAAGUGAUUGAGGCGUAUUGCACCAGUGCCAGGACGAGACAGACCCUGAACUCCACCUGGCAAGGCACUGACCUCAUGCACAACCAUGUGCUCGCUGACUCCAGCUUCUUCGUUGCUGGCAUCCCAGGCAACCUGCCAUGUUCCGACCAAUCAGAAGACUCGGACUAUGACAGUAUCUGGACCGCCACUAGUUACAGGACUGCCUCAUUUUCUCGUUCCAGCAGGCGGGAUGUUCACAUGUUGUUCCCCGAGGAGGAGAAGAUCAUCGUGGAGGAAACCAAGAGCAAUGGACAAACUGUAAUGGAGGAGAGGAGUCUGGUGGACACUGUAUACAGUUUGAGAGAUGAGGUCCAAGAACUCAAACAGGACAACAAGAGGAUGAAAAGGACACUAGAGGAGGAGCAGCGAGCCAGGAAAGAGCUUGAGAGAAUCAUCAGGAGAGUUUUGAAGAACAUGAAUGACCCAAGCUGGGAUGAGACGAACCUCUGAAACUGACAUCACUUUGAACGCUCACUGUGGGCAAAUGCCAGCGAGAGAAAUGAGGCAGGACCGUCGCAAAUGACCUUUAAGGUUUGCAGCCACUUCGUCAAACAACUGAGUGAAAAAUGACUUUCUUUGUUUUUAGAUAGCUCCAGGAAACAAUCAGAGGGAGUCAUGUCAGUGGUAUGUGUGUUCUCUAAACCAAAGCAAUACAAUUUGUGAUUUAUACGAUGUCAAUUAUGCAAUUUACCAAAUUGUUUUUUGUUGUUGCUAAGAUUGUGUUUUUUACAUUAUGCACUACUGUAUUUUAAUUUUAGUUUGUACACUGAAGAUUGUCAACAGACAAUGAAGGUAUUCAUUUUUUCAAACCUUAAACACUUUACAAUGUCAACUGCAAGAAAUCCUUUUGCCACAUUAAAGUCUUCAACUUUAUAAGGGGUUUAAUGCCAUAGAAGUGCAAAUUGAUAGCAGCUGAUCCAAGUAGUGUCCUUUAAUGAUAAUGACUUCCAACAAUCACGCACCCUUAUUUAUUUCACUGAUGUGAAAAUAAAAUUCUUCCACC